GCAGUUUUCAGUCGUGUCACUUUCAGGAUCGAACUUUUUUUCCAGCAACCCGAUUUGAGGCGAUUUUUUGCGAUUCCCUUUUUGCUCCGUCGAAAAGCGCCGUCCUUUAAUCGUGAUUCGAUUACCUCGGUCCGUGAUAUCAAGUGAGAAUUAACGACCCAGCCCCACGAUGAACGCAUUCGGUGAUAACUUCGAGCAACCGUCGGCGGAAUCGGAUCCAGCGGCGGAGUUCCUGGCCCGCGAACAGAACGCCCUCGCAGGGCUGGAGGACGAGAUUCCCCCUGUGGCUGCUGCCGCCACCGCUGCUGUGGCUGGCACCAACGGUUCGCUGGAUGGUGAACCCGUACCGAAAGCAGAAUCGACCGGACUCGAAAACGAUCUAAACGGAAGCUUUGAAAUGAUCAAUAAUGCCGAUGCGCACGAGCCAUCCACUACUACUGCCGACUAUAAUCUCAAUACAGAAGAUGAUAAUGAUGAUUUUGCAGGCUUCACCGUUCCUAAGCAGGUCACCGAGGAACCGGAAAAGAUCCGCAAGUGGCGCGAGGACCAAAAGGCACGGCUGGAAGAGAAGGAUCGCGAAGAGGAGCGCAAGAAGGAUGAGCUGCGCGAGCAGGCCCGCAAGGAGCUAGAGGACUGGUACAAGCAUCACGAUGAGGCCAUCUCCAAGACAAAAGCGGCCAAUAGGGAAUCGGCCAAGAACGCGGAGAAGCAGUUCGUGGCAGAAACGGACGAAAUCGAACCAGGCACCGAAUGGGAACGGAUCGCCAAACUGUGCGAUUUCAAUCCAAAGACGAACAAAUCCAGCAAAGACAUCUCUCGAAUGCGUUCCAUCAUUCUGCAGCUGAAGCAGAACCCCAUCCAGUCCACUAAGAAGAUAUAAGCCAACCCGUGCUGGGCGUGCAGCAAAUGGCUGGUAUAUCCAGCAGCAGGGGAAGCUCGUAAACUCAUCGCGGAAACGGAUAACUGUUGCGAUGUUGUCUGUUGAGAAGUAAUCCAUAAAAAGAGGAGGUAAAAAACAAAACAAUAUGAAAUCUAAUGAGUGGUAGAAGUAGUAUAAAUAUUAACUAAAGUAAUGAUAAUAUCUAAAACGAUUCAAACGCCGAGCGGAUCGAAUAUAUAUAGAUGCAUAUAUUGCGAAAGGAGAGUUCCGUAGAAGCAAACGAGACGCUAGGUGGCGUAUUGACAAAAAAAAAAAAAACAUUCACGCAAGCAGACAGAGGAUAGAAGAAGCUGUUACAUGGAUCGUAUGGAUCGUUAACGUAAAGGUAUAAAUAAUGAAGUGAAAAUAAACGAACGUUUCUGCAGCUCCAUUACAGUGACAUUUGUUCUAAUGAACUGCGUUUCUUCUGGGGUUGGUGAACAAACCAAAUGAACCGAAUAUCGUUCUCUUUAUUAGGUUGCGUUGUUCUCAGUCACAUAAUGCUUAACGUGAUUACAUAGGGGCGAUUUUAUUCUUCGUUGAAAGGGAGGAACAAUGCGUGCAAGGAGUUUUUAUUUUAUCUUAAAAUUUAUAUUUCAACAGUGCACGCCGGCGUUUUUAAGAUUUUUUUUGCGAAAAAGGAUGUACCUUUUUGUGUUUCUCGAAUAAUUUGAUGUAACUUUUGUUUCAUUUAAAAAAAAAUAAUAUAAACAUUUUCCAUUCCAUUUGCACUGGUUCACACUGUGAGUUCUAUACCAUUAGCGGUUUAGCGGGAUGAGUUUAAUAGCCGUUUAGUGGUUUUGUUUAAAACAUGAAAGCAAAUGCGUACACCAAUUAUGGAAUGUAUCAAAAUCAGUAGUUUUUAUGUAUCUGUUUCUCACAAAUCAAAUAAAUCAUUCUAAAGUGUGA